AGCCGUCCGUUUGGUUUAUUAUUCCAACAACCGUAGUUCGCAAAAGCUCGUCACAUACGAUGACGUGUCAUCUCUUGAUUCGUCCACCUCACGUGGCUCAAAAUAUCAUUGGCUGAAACAACUCGACUGCAUCAUUUACCCGAUCUACAUGUAUAAUAUAUUUAUAUGGUAUCCCAAUUACACCCCGGAUCGUUCACUUUUACUCUUUCUCGCCUUCUGGAGACUUCUUUUACCCGUUUUAGUUUCUUUCUCCCUGUAAAUUCACAGAUCCACUCCCACUAUUAUUGCAAAUCUCGAAGACAAAUUAGGUUUUUGUAGAUUUGAGUAGGCGGAUUUCUGGUGAUUUCGUUGGUCCAUAAUGGGAGAAAAGAAUCGUUCACGAUUCUUAUUGGCAGCGGCACUCGUCGGAUGCUUCCUCUUCCAGCUCUGCGCUGCCUCUGAUCCAGUUAGUUGUUUUCUGAGCUGUUUCUGCUUUUGGAUUUGAGAGAUCUGAUUAGUGUUUGUUAUAAUAAUAUGUGUGACCUUUUUUUUUUCUUGUUAUUGUUUGAUAUUUGCAGGUAUUUUAUGAUUCUUUUGAUGAGUCAUUUGAGGGAAGAUGGAUUGUGUCUGAGAAGGAGGAAUAUCAAGGUGUAUGGAAACAUUCAAAGAGCGAAGGUCAUGAUGAUUAUGGACUUCUUGUGAGUGAGAAGGCCAGGAAGUAUGCCAUUGUGAAGGAGCUUGAUCAGCCUGUUAAUCUGAAGGAUGGAACUGUCGUCCUUCAGUAUGAAGUACGUCUCCAGGAAGGACUCGAAUGUGGCGGGGCUUAUAUCAAAUACCUGCGUCCCCAGGAAGCUGGAUGGAUUGCCAAGGAAUUUGAUAAUGAAUCACCAUACUCAAUAAUGUUUGGACCUGAUAAAUGUGGAGCCACAAAUAAGGUUCACUUCAUCUUGAAGCAUAGGAACCCUAAGACUGGGGAGUUUGUCGAGCACCAUCUCAAAUUCCCCCCCUCUGUACCUUCCGACAAGUUGACCCAUGUAUAUACGGCUGUUCUGAAGCCUGAUAAUGAAUUGUCCAUUUUGGUUGAUGGAGAGGAGAAAAAGAAGGCUAACUUCCUAUCAGCUGAAGAUUUUGAACCUCCACUCAUUCCCUCCAAGACCAUCCCUGACCCAGAUGAUAAAAAACCUGAAGAUUGGGACGAAAGGUCCAAGAUUCCUGAUCCUGAGGCAACAAAGCCAGAUGACUGGGAUGAGGAUGCUCCAAUGGAAAUCGAAGAUGAAGAGGCUGAGAAGCCUGAAGGGUGGUUGGAUGAUGAGCCUGAAGAAGUGGAUGACCCUGAAGCAACAAAACCUGAAGAUUGGGAUGAUGAGGAGGAUGGUGAGUGGGAGGCCCCGAAGAUUGACAACCCCAAGUGCGCUGAGGCUCCUGGUUGUGGAGAGUGGAAGAGACCAAUGAAGAGGAAUCCCGCUUACAAGGGGAAAUGGCAUGCACCCUUGAUUGACAACCCUAAUUACAAAGGUAUCUGGAAGCCUCAGGAGAUUCCAAACCCAGACUACUUUGAGCUUGAUAAGCCAGAUUUUGAGCCAAUUGCGGCUCUUGGCAUUGAGAUCUGGACAAUGCAGGAUGGUAUCUUGUUUGACAACGUCUUGAUAGCAACUGAUGAAAAAGUUGCAGAAUCAAUCCGAACCAGCACAUGGAAGCCUAAGUUUGAUGUGGAGAAAGAGAAGCAAAAGGCUGAGGAACCAGAUUCUGAAACAGGUGUUCUCAAAGGCAUCCAGAAGGCCAUAUUCGACGUCCUCUACAAAAUUGCUGACCUCCCCUUCUUGGGAGAGCACAAGCUCAAAGUACUGGACCUUAUUGAGAAGGCUGAGCAACAACCAAACAUUACAGUUGGUGUCAUUGUCUCAAUCGUUGUUGUGUUUUUCUCUCUUCUCUUGAAGCUUCUAUUUGGUGGGAAGAAGCAGCCUGCAAGAAAACCUGCUGAGGAGACCAAAAAGAAUGAUGGUGCAGAAUCAUCCGGUAACCAGGGGAACACCGAGGAGAAGGAAGAGCAGCAAAAUGAGGAUGCAGCAGCAGCCCCCAGAAGGAGGCCCAAACGUGAUAACUAGGACCCCAAGUGCUGUAAUCGGCAUAAUAUAACAUUUUUUUUGGUAGAUUUUUGGGUGUAGUAGUUUUUUCAUUGCUAAAAUUUCACUUGCCCAGACGCCAGAAUUUUCCACCUGCAAGGUGUUUAGACAAGUGUACGACGAUGUAUCUGUGACUAUUUAAGUUGUUUUCAUCAGUUUUGCGACAUUGAGUAUGUGCUAUAUUUUUAAUCAAAUGAUACGUUUGAUAAAUCAAAAUUCUAAUCUUAUAUGCAUUCUUGUAUGUAUUUCCCUCCAAGUAGCCCAUUCGCCUAUAUGGAAUGCAAGUUUAUCUAGGAAGGGCAUAACAUGUUCUGAGUUUGGUUUGCUGUGGCGUUUUUGAGGACUUGGUAAGAUGAACACUGAACACCCACCACGGCUGUAAUCUGUUAUCCAAAGAUAAAACCUGCACAAUGUGAAAAGCAUGGCUCCCAGUUUCCAUUUCAAUUAAGCAGCAUUAGCGGGGCUCAAGGUUUCAUCUGCUCUUCUACGCACUUGUAUUGGCAAAAAAACUUGAUCUACUUCAGCCACCAAGGGAAGUACUGCUCAUCAUUUCCGAUGUAAAUCAGUGUCUCAGUUUGUAAGUACUGCUCAUCAUUUCCGAUGUAAAUCAGUGUCUCAGUUUGUAAUUUGUAAGGUUCCUAGUCCGACUCCGCAUGAGGCACAGGUCGAC